AUGCGCAGACGCCCCGGGGUGAGCGCCAUCGCGCGUAACGCCGAGCUCGACUCGAAGUUUCGCGAGCUCGCGAUCGAGCGCAAGGCUUUCCAGGACCAGGAUGACGCGACGCGGUUGCUCGCCUUUACGCGCGCGUUGGAGACGUUCGCCGCGACGCAUCGGAAAGCCAUCUCCAGCGACGCCGUGUUCCGCGCGAGGUUCCACGCGAUGUGCGACGCGAUCGGGGUGGACCCGCUCGCGUCGAGGAAGAGCGCGUGGGCUCAGGCGUUGGGCCUCGGCGAGUUUUACGUCGACCUGAGCGUGUGCGCGGCGGAGGCGUGUCUGUCCUCUCGCGACGCCGACGGUGGGGUGUGCGCUCUGGAUGAGAUCGUUCGACGGGUAAACGAACGACGCGGCGCGUCGGUGAGCGCGGUGAGCGCGGACGACGUGGAGCGAGCGAUCGAGUCGUUGUCGGCGCUCGGAGGCGGGUGGCGGGUGAAGACGACGACGGGCGGCGACGGCGUCGGUGAGCGGGGACGGAAGAUCGUUCGGAGCGUCCCGAUCGAGCUGAGCGACGACGUGAACGAAGCAUUAGCGGUGGCGCGGGACGCGAGUCAGGGCUGCGUGACGGCGUCGGAGCUCUCGCUCGCGCGCGCGUGGUCGCUCGCGCGCGCGCGAGACGCGCUCGAGGCGAGCGUCAAGCUCGGCAUCGCGCUCGUCGACGAUCAGGCCAAGGAUAAAAACUUCGAGCGUCUCUACUGGUUUCCCGCCUUUCGCGUCGUCUCGAGCGCGUGA